CAGACUCUUACAUUCACGCGCUCAUAAGUUUGAAGCAAAGCCUCUCUCAGCUCAACUCAAGCCGCCCGUAAUUGAGUAAGACCGCGGUCACUUUCUUUCGAAAAUCUAUAACACGGCUCUACAGACGGCCGUCUUGCUAUGAGGAGUUGAGGGAGGCAAUAAACGGGCUGUCUGGGUUAUUAUUUGGGAGUUUUGGGCGAUCCGAAUUAACGUUAAGGAUAUCUGAGUGCGCGAGCUCGUCGCGAAAGGGGCAUAGGAAUGUCGCGCGAUCCGGACGAGGUGAAUAAACUGACCGAGAGCACUUACAAGAAUGUUAUGGAACAAUUCAACCCCGGGUUGCGUAACCUCAUAAACCUGGGAAAGAGCUACGAGAAAGCGGUUUCAGCCAUGGUUCUGGCUGGGAAGCAGUACUUUGAUGCUGUAUCUAAGAUCGGGGAGAACGCAGCCGUAUCUCCAGUGUCCAGGGAACUGGGGGUCGUCCUGAUGGAGAUCUCAGACGUCCAUCGGAAAGUCAAUCUAGAACUGGAGGAGAACUUCAGACUGUUUCAUCGGGAGGUUAUUGCAGAGUUGGAGAGGAAAACUGACAUGGAUGUGAAAUACAUGACGGCCACGUUUAAAAGAUAUCAGACCGAACACAAGAUAAAGCAGGACUCGCUGGAGAGAUCGCAGUCAGACCUGAAGAAACUCAGAAGGAAAAGUCAAGGAAAGAAUGCUUCGAAGUAUGAGAGUAAAGAGAAUGAGUGUCUUGAGACUCUCACUCACCGUCAGAUGGACAUGCAGAAGUUCAUCGCUGAAGGCUGCCGGGAGGCUCUGCUGGAGGAGAAGAGGCGCUUUUGCUUCCUGGUGGACAAGCACUGCAACUUCUCCAGCCAGAUCUCCAAUUUCCAUGAAAAGGCUCGAGAGCUUGUGACAGAGAACCUGUCCACCUGGCAGGACAAAUGCGGUGACGCUGCCAAUGUUCCCGAUAGUGUAAUGUCCAUGAUUGAAGGUCUACGCACUCCAGCGUCCAACACUCCCCAGGCGUCUCCAGCCCUCCAGCACCACAACAGAGCUAACUCAGACGCCAUGUUUCCAGCACCUCCAGCUCCGCCUCAGACGAGUCCCCUGGCCAACAUGUUCAGUCAAGAGACCUCCAGGAGAGAGGAGAGAGAGUCUGACUACAACAACGAGGACAGCGGAUUGUCUAGGUCUGUGUCGAUGGCCACUGGCCUCAAUCAAAUAGACAGAAGACCCAAAGUGCGUACCAUUUUCCCCCACAAGUCUGGAAACAACAACACGCUACUGAGUUUUGAUGAAGGAGACAUUAUCUCGCUGCUGAUUCCUGACGAGAGGGAUGGCUGGCUUUACGGAGAGCUGCAGAAAAACAAACAGCGGGGCUGGUUUCCAUCAUCCUACUGUCGUGUAUACACAGAGCUAGCGGUAAAUAACAGUAUUGCUGGAAAUCCUCCGAUGCGCAGUAAGAGCGUGGCCAACCUCAUGCAGAAGGACCCCGAGGACGACAUGAUGGUUCUGCCUCCAGCGGACUACAACGAUUCGCCCGUCAGGAGAAACUCCACCAAGAGUCUGAUGCAGACAUACACCUCCUCAUAUGAAAACCCGGUGGUGCCUCAGUCAAACGGGCUGCCAAAGCAUCCGCUCCUAGGGGGAGGGAACCCAUUCGCUACUGUCAAACUCCGGCCCACAGUCACCAAUGACAGAUCAGCACCCAUCAUCUGAUCAACACCGAGGAUGCUGGGAUUACUCACACACACACACCACAUACUGUUCAACCACUAUUUAUGUCAAGUCCCUUUUAAACCUCUCUCUCUCUCUCUAUGUAUUAAUGUAUACACACUCACACACACAUGCAUAUAGAGAGAGAGGGAAUCAGUGUAUAUGCAUUUAGUUGUAAUGAUCCAUAGUCAGAUGCUUAACUUUCAGAGUAUCAUUCUGUAAAUAUAUGAGAAGAUGGGUGUGAUCUUAAGUUUUUUAAAUCAUUGUCGAGAUCUUUCCUAACACGUACACUAGAUGGGAACCUGCAUAAGCAGAAAGGUCCUGAUGAUAGUGAUGUGAACCGAAACACUGAUGAGAAAUUCCACUUACUGUUGAUGCUGUCUGAACUGGUGUCUGACCCUCAAGCUGGUAACUCGUGUAAGCCGUGUUCAUGUGAGCACGUUUACCAGGGUUAGCUGACCUCCAGGGCCACAGGCGAGACAGAAGCCCUUUUAGCUCAUUUUGUCUUUUAGAUCAUCGAUGCUUUUAGAACGAGGGAGCUUUGCUUUUAGCAGCGUAGUUUUAACACUGAAUAAUGAUCCAUUGUCGGUCAGUGGAUAGUGAUUGAUUUAUCUUCUGCUUGGGGGAACUAUUCAUUUGGCUUUGAUUGUAUCAAUGCACUUUUCUGUUGAUGUUGGCCUGAGAUCUUGUAGAUCACUGCUGUAUGAAAAUAAAAAUAUUUUAUUUCUAAA